CCCCCUUCCCCUUCCAGCGGUUUUUAUUUUUAUUUUUAUUUUUAAAAAAAAGGAAUUGCAAAUGAGUUUUGGUAUCCUUAAGCUCAAGGUGUCUUUGAACGAGGAAUAUCUAGUUUAUAUAUAUGAAAGGCAACUUUGGUGGCUCAUAAGCUUAUACCUAACAUAGGGAAUCGUUGAAUUUUUGAGAACGAUGUGUAUUAUUGGGGGGGCCUAGUUGGCUUAUCCUGUUUUGCUUGCUAAUUGCUGAUAUGGGUGUCGUCCAUCUUCUUCUUCUUCUUUUGUCUUUUUUUUUCUUCGUGUUUUACAUGGAUUUGGAAAAGUGUACAGAAGUCAAACCUGCUUUAUUUGGUUGGAUAUGCUUCCUUUUCUUUUUGUAUUGGAGCCGAUGGUGUCCCCUCCACCUUAUGGUAAACGCGUUAAAGCAACAAAGUUUGAAAAUGGAACGCCUUCACAGAAAACGUUCAAAAUCACCUCUCAUCUCUCAUUCCAUGCAUGCACAAUCUUACUCUAUAUAUAGACUGCUUCUUCAAUCCUUCUCCUUACACCACAAAGCCCAGCUUCAUCUCUUCAGCUCUCAUAUUCAUGAAGCUUGCAAUGGCCUCUCUGUCCUACUCCUUCAUUGUUGUUACACUCUUCAUCAUCCCUUUUUUUGGUUGUGGUGCCAAUGCACAACUCUCUCCCAACUUCUAUGCAAGAACCUGCCCAAGUCUUCCGACCAUCGUUCGCAAUGCUAUGAGUCAGGCUGUUACUAGGGAGGCUCGGAUGGGUGCCUCGAUCCUUCGCUUAUUCUUCCACGACUGCUUUGUAAAUGGUUGCGACGCUUCCAUACUAUUGGAUGACACGGCCACCUUCACCGGUGAAAAGAAUGCAUUCCCAAACCAGAACUCAGUCAGGGGAUUUGAAGUCAUUGACACCAUCAAAACCCGAGUGGAAGCUGCUUGUAAUGCUACUGUAUCUUGUGCAGAUAUUUUAGCACUCGCAACCCGGGAUGGAGUUGUCUUGCUUGGAGGAACCUCAUGGACGGUAGCCCUAGGCCGAAGAGAUGCAAGAACUGCAAGCCAAAGCGAUGCCAACAACCAACUCCCCUCCCCCUUCGCCAACCUCGCAACCCUAAUCUCGAGUUUCGCAGCGAAAGGCUUAACCGCCAGCGAUCUGACCGUGCUCUCCGGUGGCCACACAAUAGGCCAGUCUCAGUGUCUUCUAUUCAAAACCCGCAUAUACAACGAGACCAACAUUGACCCCAGCUUUGCCACCACUCGUAAGGCUACAUGUCCGGCUUCCGGCGGCGAUACAAAUCUUGCUCCCUUCGAUAUAACCCCGACUCGUUUCGAUAAUAAUUACUACAAGGCCCUUGUGGCUCGUCGUGGUCUUCUUCAUUCCGAUCAGGAGCUCUUCAACAGCGGGAGUCAGGAUGCCUUGGUUAGAACGUAUAGUAACAACGCCGCCGCGUUUUCAAGAGAUUUUGCUGCAGCCAUGGCGAAGAUGAGCGCUAUUAGUCCUCUAACUGGGACAAAUGGAGAGAUCAGGAAGAAUUGCAGAUUAGUGAACUAAUUUUAUAAGGAAUUUAGUUUUGUGCAACUGAUAAAUAUUGGGUGACAUAUAAGUUUACUUUAUAGACUGCUAAUUCAAAUUAAAAUGCAGCAAAUCUGUGUGUAAAAAUUUUCAUGCCCAUUGGAGAAGUAUUGGCUAUGAAAUUGAAGCACGGUCAAUGGUGUAUGUAUGAGGUAGUCUACUCCCAACAAACACAUUGUUGUUAAAGUCAAAUUUUGUGUCACGACUCAGCUUCACUAGUAACAUAUUAUACGUUUUGGGCAUAAGCCUUCACGGUUUUGUUCUAGGACUCAAGCUUAUGUAUGCUAUUUUGCCCAAAAGGCUUUUUGCUAUACCCAUAUAUGACACUUCAUCUUUCCCUCA